AUGCCAGUUAAGAUGCCGGUUGAUGAGUUGCUAUUCCCAAUGCCCGGUCUGGUGGUGCUGUUAUCGUUAUUCCCGGUUGCUUUCGAUGUUUCCGGUGCUGGUACUGGUGGUUGUGGUACUGGUGGUGCUCCCGGUUGA